AUGCGAACAAAAGAAGACGAAAUCUCACUCUUCCAAUCGAUCCCCUGGAUCUCCAACCUCCUCCGCGAUGACUCGUUCGAGACCAUCGCGACUCCAUCUCGGCAGCCCAAGCCGACAACCGAGGACAGCUUCUUCUCCAACACCCUGAACUCUCCCACCACCAUCUCCGCAUGCCUGACACAAUACCGCAAGCCGCAAUCCCCGCAAUCAUCCUCCACGGCAAAUGUAGAGGAACUCCGAACUUUCUGCACCCUCGGCCAGGACGUCAAUGGGUACCCCGGAACAUUGCAUGGAGGGGUUGUGGCCGCCCUCUUGGACGAGACUAUGGGUCUUUUAAUCAUGAUUCGAGGUGAGGGGGGUGAUGCCUCGACGCGUGAUUCGAAUUUAUCCCAGACACCUGUGACGGCGUAUCUGAAUAUCCGCUUUCUGAGACCGAUUGCGACUCCCGGGACGAUUGUGGUUUCUGCGCAGUUGAAGGAGGCCAUUGAGGAUCGUAAAUGGACGAUUGAAGCUGCUAUUCGCGAUGAGAAGGGACGGACUUUGGCUACGGGGGAAUGUCUUUUUGUGAGGAUUCGUUCGAGGCUUUAG